GAUAACGCAAAUAAACAAGAGCCAAUGAGGAGCACGCAGUCAUUUUAUGUGAUAUCACUAGCUCGCUGAUAAGAUAAAACACAGUCAGAUCUAAGGUGUAACUCCAGUAUCCUUUCUUACUUUACGAAAAAUGUACUUCAAACGAAUACGCGGAGUGUUAGUGAUAUUAAGCGUCCUAGUUUCGGCGAGUUACGGGCAAAAGGACGACGUAAAAGGAGCAUGUGACAUUACACUGAGAGACGAGAAUCUGACGGUGAAUUGUUCGAGGAGGGACAUUAGCACGAUUCCUACCUGGCCGGAGCAAAUAAACAACUUAGAGCAAGUGCACGACGUGGUGAUAACGUUCUUCAACAACAGCAUCACCACGCUGACGGAGCUGAGCGGGGUCCGAGGCAGCCACGUGGCCAUCAGCUUCAAGUCCAACCAGAUCGUGGAGAUUGAGGACGACGCAUUCAGCAACGUGCCGCGCAUGGUCUACUUGGACUUGAGCAACAACUUCAUCACUGGUGAGGUGCUUCGAAGUGAAAUCUUCCACGGGCCGUACAAGAAUGGGGUGUAUGAUAGUAUCGCUCUUGAGACCCUGAACCUCGGCUUUAACGAGAUACAUUCUCUAGACAGAUAUCUAUUCCAAUACACCCCGAACUUGACACGUCUGUACCUGAACAACAACCCUAUCGAAAUACUCGACCACGUCACCAUCUUAGCUCUAUCGAGUGCCGGCAAUUUGGAGGUCCUCGACUUGUCAAAGACUGAUAUCGACACUAUACCACUGGAUGCAUUCAGAGGUUUAGCAAAUCUUCAGCACAUAGACCUAUCUGACAACAGAUUCACCACAGUGCCUGAAAGUUUAAGCCUGGUGGGGAGCACGCUCAAAUACUUGACGUUCAACAAAAAUCCUAUCGUGAAAUUAGACGACGAUAGUUUCGUAGGUUUAAACAACCUGAUUGAGCUGGAAGUGGCCGAGAAUGAUUACUUGGAAGAGGUGACGCGGAGCACGUUCACACCACUCAAAAACUUGAGAGUUUUGCAUCUGUGCCACAACAUGAACUUGCGCUACAUCAGCCAUAACGCCUUUAGGGGACUUAAGGACAAGUGGACUUUGAAAGAGGUUUACUUGGAUGACAACAACCUCAGUGAACUCUCCACGGACUUGAUGCCAUGGAGUAAGUUGGAGAUUCUUGGAAUGACAGGCAACAACUGGCUGUGUAACUGUGAUCUAGCCAACAUUAUCACAGGACAAGGUGCCAGUUCUAAAUUCAAACCCGGUGAAAUUCCAUACUGUGCUGCCCCUAUGAGAUUGGCUGGAUCACUAAUAACAAAUAUAACUAUUUCCUUCUGUCCUGCUUUUGAUAAGACAUUUACACCAAAUAGAGGAUUCAGCCUCGGCAAUUUGAAACCAAAACAUGUUAUAUGGAGCAUCCUAGGAGUGGCACUUAUUGUGUUUGUUGGGAUGGUGCUAGGAAUGCUAGCAAAAGGAAUCAAAACUGUGUAUGUAAAGAAGAUUAAAAAUGCAUCUAUCCGCUAUGCUAACUUAAAAGAAGAUGCCAUCAACGCCUAAAUGUGCAAUUUCACAGGCAAUUUAUUGAGACUUGCAGUAUUGCAUACAUAUUAUUAAGUAGUUUGUAAAUCUGUACAUAAAUAAGAAUUGAGAUAUAAAUUUGUUUUGGCAAAUAAAAAUGUACUUACA